AUUGGGGCUAUGUCAAGUGGGCUCCAAGCCAGCGCCUGCCCGCUGGCACCAGUCUACGGAGAUCUGGGGAGCUGCGAGGCUGUGCGGCAGGGACGUGUCUGCAAGGCGACUGGCUCGAGGCGGGAAGGGGCGUGUCCGCGCCGCCCGGAGGUCCACCCGGAUCUUGCACGGACCCGGUGGAGUGGCGGGUCCCACACAGCCACGGGGCCAGCUGGGGCGGCGAUAGCCGCACUUCGGAGGAGUGGCGUGGUGAGGCCCAGCCUUCCUGGGUGCGGCGUCUGGGCCCUUCCCAGCUUUCCCUCCCCACCGCGCUCGGUGGUGGCGACCAUUGGAGUUCCGGUUCCGGUUGCUGUGGCUGCGGGCGGGCGGUGAGUCUGGAGCAGGCGCGCAGUUGGUGCUCCGGCUCUGUGCUUUCCCUCUCGGCGUGACUAGGGCUUGCUGCUGCCCGGGGGGCUGUGCUGCCCCUGACUCCCCUCCGGGCGAUGGUGCGGCCUGAGGACGCCUCUAUCCCCCGCCGACGCUGACUCGGGUCCCCAAUCCAUGGCCGCCUCGGCGCCGCCCCCACCGGACAAGCUGGAGGGAGGCAGCGGCCCCGUACCGCCCCCCGCGCCGCCCAGCACCGGGAGGAAGCAGGGCAAGGCCGGUCUGCAAAUGAAGAGCCCUGAAAAGAAACGAAGAAAGUCCAAUACUCAGGGUCCUGCAUACUCACAUCUGACGGAGUUUGCCCCGCCCCCGACCCCCAUGGUGGAUCAUCUGGUCGCUUCUAACCCUUUUGAGGAUGACUUUGGAGCCCCUAAGGUGGGGGGCACAGGCCCUCCGUUCCUUGGCAGUCCGGUGCCCUUUGGAGGCUUUCGUGUACAGGGGGGCAUGGCGGGCCAGGUACCCCCAGGCUACGGCACUGGAGGAGGAGGGGGUCCCCAGCCACUUCGUCGGCAGCCCCCUCCUUUUCCUCCCAACCCUAUGGGUCCAGCUUUUAAUAUGCCUCCUCAGGGCCCUGGCUAUCCGCCCCCAGGCAACAUGAACUUUCCCAGUCAACCCUUCAACCAGUCUCUGGGCCAAAACUUUAGCCCACCUGGUGGGCAGAUGAUGCCAGGCCCAGUGGGGGGAUUUGGUCCCAUGAUCUCACCCACCAUGGGACAACCUCCUAGAGGGGAGCUGGGUCCUCCUCCUCUCCCACAACGCUUUACCCAACCAGGAGCACCUUUUGGUCCUUCUAUUCAGAGACCUGGUCAGGGACUCCCCAGUCUGCCUCCCAACACAAGUCCCUUCCCUGGUCCAGACCCUGGGUUUCCUGGCCCUGGUGGUGAGGAUGGUGGCAAACCCUUGAAUCCACCUGCCCCCACUGCCUUUCCCCAGGAGCCCCACUCAGGCUCCCCAGCUGCUGCUGUUAAUGGGAAUCAGCCCAGUUUCCCCCCUAGCAGCAGUGGUCGAGGUGGGGGCACUCCAGAUGCCAACAGUCUGGCACCCCCCAGCAAGGCAGGUGGAGGCUCAGGGCCCCAGCCUCCCCCAGGCCUGGUAUACCCUUGUGGUGCCUGUCGGAGCGAGGUGAACGAUGACCAGGAUGCCAUCUUGUGUGAGGCCUCCUGCCAGAAGUGGUUCCACCGAGAGUGCACCGGCAUGACCGAGAGUGCCUACGGCCUGCUGACCACCGAGGCCUCUGCCGUCUGGGCCUGUGAUCUCUGCCUCAAGACCAAAGAGAUCCAAUCUGUCUACAUCCGAGAGGGCAUGGGCCAGUUGGUGGCCGCUAACGAUGGGUGACUCUAGUGCCACGGCCUGGGGAAGUGCACCUUUUCCACCGUGCUCUUGCAGAGUGGCCCUCACUCCUUGUCUUCCACUGGCAUCCCACCCCCAUGGGGCAGAAACAUGGUUCCUGGAAGCAGAAAAGGAACUGAGGUGGGCAGGCAGAAGAGCCUGGGUAGCUUGGUUUUGUUGUUGGUUUUUUGUUUGUUUGUUUGUUUUCUGGGAACUUGUGCACUGAGUACCUUUGAGAUCCAGGAAACUAAAGCCUGGUUGCACAGAGCCAUUCCUAGAGUCUUAACUGGAGGCUACAAGAGAAAGGGGCUGGAGGAAGUUUCAGAGGGCAAGAAUGUCCUGUGUGCAGAUGAGAGAUGACCCCAACCCCCGUGCCUACAAUACCUGUAUAGCCCCAUGGCUGCGGCUAUAGCUCUUGGAGCCACAUGUUCAAGGUUUCUUCUUUCCCUGAGAGAGUCCCUUUCCUCGGUUCUGGAAACAAAUGGGAAUUUCUCUCUUUUUCUCUGUCCCUUUGCUUCCCCUGGACCUGAUGUACUCUGUUCUCCUUGGAGCACCAAAUACCUUGAGGAAACAGGAAAGUUCCUAACUAGAGCAAUUGUCUGUCUGGGGCUUCAAGACUGUAGGUAAGAGAUGCUGAGAAGACAUUUUCCUCAUACCAAAGUCACUGGUCCUCUCUCAGCUUCUCUUGUGUUUUUCUCUCAGUGACCAUGUUUUGCCAAAAAUUGGGAUAUGUGGUCUGAGUGACGGGAGUAUUUGAAGUUGGGGCUCCCCUGGAAGUCUGGACUGGAGGUGUAACUACACACACACACACACCCGCGCCUCUGGUGUGCAGUAUGACAGUGCUGUUCUUCAGCUCUUGGUGCCCCCAUUUCCUCUGUCUCGGAGAAACGUUUGGGAAGGCACGAAGCCCUUAUACCUCAUUCCUUCCCUAUUAAAGGAUCCAAGGGAGGCCCUGCCAUGGCUUUGGGGACAUGAGGCUGGGCAGCAGGACCUUCAAAGUCAUGGUACUACAAGCUGAAAGAACCUGACGUUUUCUGCUUACCCUUUUUAAAUCCUGCAAUGUCAUCUUGGGCCUGGUGAUCCAGCAACUAGGCUGGUUGGGUUUGGUUUUGUAGCACUCCCUGCCAGUGAUGGGACUGAGGCCCAACAAGGAGCCUCUCAGGUGCUCCUUUUUCCAGUUAAUCCAAAUGCCCAUUCCUCAAAUAGGAAGGGAAGGCAGGCUUGGGUGUAGCUCUCCUGAGAGAGUUGGAGGUGCCCAGCUUGACAGUGAAGGCUGCCCGCUGGGAUUCCCUGUCUCAGUCCUCAUGUUCCCUGCACAGGGAGAGAGAAGACACUCAGAGUUGGCAGCUUUUCAUGCUGAGGAGGACAAGGGUGGACCUGCUUCUUACUCUGUGCCCCUCAACUCCUACAUGUGACAGCCUCUGCUUAUCUUCGUGUUGUGCUGUGGUUUUGUUCACCCAUUACCUGCCGCUACUUUUGUGUUGAAUUCAUGGUUUGUAAAGUGCUCCCGUGGAGGGUCUAUCCUCUUGUUCCUCUCUGCUACUUUUUGGAAGAAAGUGGGUUGGUGGGGAUGUGGUUACAGGAUCUUUUUGUACGGUUGGAUUAAUAAAAUGACUUGAAAAUCCAAA